UUUUUUCAUUCCCUGCUCCAGUAGAGUCUAGGGCUUCCUCACUCUAGAGUUGAUCAUUGUCUUCUUCAACCUCAGAACUCUGCGAGAGAAACAAACAAAAAGAGAGAGAAAAGCAGAUCGAGAUUCGAAAAUGGAAGGAGGAGGAAGUGGAGCAGGAGAAGAAGGAGGGAUUGAGAGAGUGGUGGACUCGAAGGACCUUCAGCAGCAGAGCAAAGCCUUCGACAAGCUCACCGACCGCGUCGAGGAUCGUCAGCUCGAUUCCACUCGCGUCCAAGAGGCCAUGGCGUCCAUUGCUGCUUCUGCUGAAGGUGACUGGAAUGCCAUGAGGCUCAGGGAAAAGGAGUUGGCUGCUGUCAAGAUCAAUGCAGCUGAUGUGGACAUCAUUGCAAAUGAACUAGAGUUGGACAAAAAAGUUGCUGAGAGAACGCUACGGGAACACAAAGGGGAUGCUGUCGCUGCUAUUAGACACUUGCUUCACUAGCAAGAACGCCUUUGCUUUCUCUUUUGUUACCAGGCAUUACAAAUGAUCACACCUAAUUGUUCACUAGAAAUUAUCUGUGGAUUAGUGGCUCUUUGUUUCAUUAAAAAACUUAGUUUGCAUUUAUGCCAGUUGACUCAAUUAAGUUUUUGUAA